AUGGCAGCGACCAUGAGAAACGUGGAUGAAAUUCGGGAUAGAGUAAUAUUAGCUGAAUUUGAUGUAAAAAGUGUUCAUACAACCGAUUACCCUGGCAAUUAUCCAGGCUACGAUGACACAUGGAGCUUGCAGAAAUUCCAAAAGAAUUUCAGAAUCGACGUGGUGCAAAUGGAUGAGACUUCUCUGGAGUUCGACACGGUGGGCAAAGAUGCAGCUAUCGCCAAUGCCUUUCGACGGAUAUUACUCGCAGAGGUCCCUACUAUGGCUGUCGAGAAGGUGUUCAUUUACAACAACACAUCCAUAAUUCAGGAUGAGAUCCUUGCCCACAGGCUGGGCUUGAUCCUUAUCAAGGCUGACCCACGAUUGUUUGAGUACAGAAACGCGGGGGAUGAGGAAGGCACAGAAAUAGACACAAUUCAACAUCAACUGAAGAUCAAAUGCACCAGGAACCUCAGAGCCACCAAAGACUCUGCUGACCCCCGGGAACUUUACCUGAACCACAUGGUGUACUCCAAGGACAUGAAGUGGGUCCUUAUUGGGAACCAAGUUGAUGUGUUUGCAGAUAUCGACAUCGAUCCAAUACAUGGGGACAUCCUUCUGGCACAGCUCCGGCCUGGACAGGAGCUGGAUAGUCGCUAGUUCAAAUCCCAGAUCCGACAAGUUUCUGUAGAAUCCACUGGCAUCCUGGCACCUGAUGUUUUGGUCAGAGGCCAUCAAAGUUCUCAUGACCAAGUGUCGAAGAUUCCUCAGUGAGCUCGACUCCAAGGAGAUGGAAUAAGAGCAACUAAGUUGGACCACAUGUAAAUACCCACUACAGGGGUGAAACAUAUGUGUUGAGUCUGUGUGCAACAUGCUUUGGACCAGGAAUGGGCAACUCCAGUCCUUGAGGCCUGAUUGGUGUCAUACUUUAUUCUCCCAUCUAACGCCCGUCUCCAAUAAACUAAUGAUCUUCAGUUCAGAAUGCAAUUAGUUUAAUCAGCUGUGUUUGCAAGG